UGUGACCAGUGACAUUGGAAGUCUGUCACGAACAACAAAGUUGUGGUUCAUAACCCCAUUACUCCAACAAUAAAAAAUAAUUAAAAUAUAACCUUUUUUUAUUUCGCGUAAGCCGUGAACUGAAUCUAAGUUUUUCAAAGUUUUCUUCAUAUUUUAUAUCUCAAUAAUUAUUAAUCUCAGGACCAGGAGAUAAUGGCAACGGCAGCUGUGGGGCCUGUACCUCAACACGCUCCAACUUACAGGCAGCCCCAAAAAUUGCCAGAUGGAUUCAAAGACUGGGUAUGUGUUUACCCAAUUUACAUUAACAAGGACAAGACCCUUGCAGAAGGUAGAAGAGUAAAGAAGUCUGAGGCAGUGAAGCAUCCAAUUUUACCUGAGCUCAUGGAAGCGAUGCAAGGAACUGGAUUGCAGGUGAUAGGUGAGCCAAAUAGAAUACACCCGCGAGAGCGGAGCAAAGAACCUUACAACUACGGGCGCAUUCGUGUCGAGAUGAAAGACAGCGACGGCAACAUCAUCAACGAGCAGUUCACGCGUCGAGAGGAUAUCUACAGGUUCAUCGCUCAGAGCAUUCCUCAGCUCAAGUCUCGAACGCAGCCUAAGCAAAAGCAAGAAGAGAAGAAGAAAGGCAAGGGCAAGAAGAAGUAACAACAUACGAGUUUUAAAAAAGAUAUUCCAGUUUAUUUUGUUGAGUUUCUCGUGUUGGACGUGAAUGAUAAUUAAAAUAUUUGUUUCUA